GCGGCAUCCCAGAGUCCCGAGGUGAAGGUGCCAUGGAGCGGCCGGCGCCCCUGGCCGUGCUCCCUUUCUCGGACCCCGCACACGCCCUGAGCCUGCUGCGCGGCCUGAGCCAGCUCCGCGCAGAGCGCAAGUUCCUGGACGUGACCCUGGAGGCGGCGGGCGGGCGCGACUUCCCAGCGCACCGCGCCGUGCUGGCGGCCGCCAGCCCCUACUUCCGCGCCAUGUUCGCUGGGCAGCUGCGCGAGAGCCGCGCAGAACGGGUGCGCCUGCACGGCGUGCCACCCGACAUGCUGCAGCUGCUGCUGGACUUCAGCUACACGGGCCGCGUGGCGGUGAGCGGCGACAACGCCGAGCCGCUGCUGCGCGCCGCGGACCUGCUGCAGUUCCCGGCCGUGAAGGAGGCGUGCGGCACCUUCCUGCAGCAGCAGCUCGACCUGGCCAACUGCCUGGACAUGCAGGACUUCGCGGAGGCCUUCAGCUGCGCGGGGCUGGCGAGCGCGGCACAGCGCUUCAUCCUGCGCCACGUGGGCGAGCUGGGUGCUGAGCAGCUGGAGCGGUUGCCUCUGGCGCGCCUGCUGCGCUACCUGCGCGACGACGGGCUUUGCGUGCCCAAGGAGGAGGCGGCCUACCAGCUGGCUCUGCGCUGGGUGCGCGCGGACCCACCGCGCCGCGCCGCGCACUGGCCACAGCUGCUGGAGGCAGUUCGCCUGCCCUUCGUGCGCCGCUUCUACCUGCUGGCGCACGUCGAGGCUGAGCCGCUGGUGGCGCGCUGCCCACCCUGCCUGCGCCUACUACGCGAGGCGCGCGACUUCCAGGCGGCGCGCUACGACCGCCACGACCGCGGGCCCUGUCCCCGCAUGCGCCCGCGCCCCUCUACCGGCCUUGCUGAGAUCCUCGUGCUUGUGGGCGGCUGUGACCAGGAUUGCGACGAACUGGUCACGGUUGACUGCUAUAACCCACAGACGGGCCAGUGGCGCUACUUGGCCGAGUUCCCCGACCACCUGGGCGGGGGCUAUAGCAUCGUGGCUCUGGGCAAUGACAUCUAUGUGACGGGCGGUUCGGAUGGCUCACGGCUCUACGACUGUGUGUGGAGGUACAACUCCAGUGUGAAUGAGUGGACCGAGGUAGCACCCAUGCUGAAGGCCCGGGAGUACCACAGCUCCUCUGUGCUGGAUGGGCUGCUGUACGUGGUGGCUGCAGAUAGCACGGAGCGCUAUGACCACACCACUGACUCCUGGGAGGCCCUGCAGCCCAUGACCUACCCCAUGGACAACUGCUCCACUACGGCCUGCCGUGGCCGUCUCUACGCCAUCGGCUCCCUGGCGGGCAAGGAGACUAUGGUGAUGCAGUGCUACCAUCCAGACACCGACCUGUGGUCACUGGUGGACUGUGGUCAGCUUCCACCCUGGUCCUUUGCGCCUAAGACUGUGACUCUGAAUGGACUCAUGUACUUCGUCAGGGAUGACUCUGCCGAGGUGGACGUGUACAACCCAGUAAAGAACGAGUGGGACAAGAUCCCAUCUAUGAAUCAGGUGCAUGUAGGGGGCAGCCUGGCUGUCCUGGGAGGGAAGCUGUACGUGUCCGGGGGAUAUGACAACACAUUUGAGCUCUCCGACGUGGUGGAAGCAUAUGACCCAGAGGCUCGGGCGUGGAGUGUGGUGGGGCGGCUCCCGGAGCCCACCUUCUGGCAUGGCAGCGUCAGCAUCUUCCGCCAAUUCAUGCCCCAGACACCUUUGGGUGGGCGCGGCUUUGACCUGGACAGUGGCAGCAAUGACAUGGAUGCGGGCCGAUUUCGGCCACUGCGGAACCCUGAAGAACUGCACUAGCCCUGGCCUGGCCCGGGAGGGCCUUGGUGCAGGGAACCCAGCACCUCGCAGGGGUAGCAGCCCCUCCUUUGUGCCUAAGUCAGGGUGGUCUCACCAGGCAGAGCACGGACUCUUGAGCACUGACUGAAGCCAGGAUCCAUUGCCUGGAGGAUUUCUGUGCACUGGGAACCCAAGUCACGGCUGCUGGGGCCAAGGCCCGUCAUGAAUGCCCCUCCCAUGGUCCAGGAAGAACCCUGCUGGCACACCUGUGGCUCCCAGAGGUCAUCCCUACCCCGUGGCUUCCGACUCACCCGUGCGGCACACACACACACUCCCUGCACCGCUUCUCCCACCCUGGGAGCACAGGGCCAAGGGGCUUCCUGUGAGGGUCUGGGAAUGGCCCCUGCCUUCCUGCAGGCCCUAUCUGGGCCUGUAGCAUCAGAAACCAGGAGAUGAUGGUUGUAGUCGGGUCCCACACUCUGACUAGUGCUGGGUGUCCCAGUGGGCCAGCUCCCCAGAUAGAGGGGGUCUGCUCCUCGCCCCUACUGGGAUCUCACACCAGAGUGGAGGUGGGCUGUCUCCAGGUGAGACAGGGUCUGGGGACUGAGUCAGAGUAGGAGCCCAGAGGGGUCCAGAGCAGCACACUGAGCUGUUCCCAAGGAUACAGUGGGACAGACGCCGGGUGUCCCUGCUCCAGUGGCCUGUGUGUCCUCCUCCAGGGCUUUGUCCUGGCUGGCGGAGGGGAGACUGGAGAAGUGGACUGAAGCCCCCAAUUCGAGGUUGUAGCUCCUUGCUGGGAGGCCCUGGGCCUCUGUUGCUGACACUGGCCGAAUGGACAGCUGCAAAGCCCUAGCUCGCCCUGAGUCAGUGGUCCUUUUGCUUCUAAGGAAGCCCUGGGUACCGUGGCCUCGGCAGUUGGUUCCAAGUUUGAAAUGCAGUUUGACCGUUAAAAGCAGUGGGAGGCAGGUAUUCUAGAGACAAGGUCAGGUUUGUUUUGGGGUGGGGGUUGCAGUGUUGAGAUCAGGGCUUUGCAUGCUAGGCAAGUAUUCUGCCACUGAGUCGUGGACCCAGUCCCUGGUCAGUUUUGUUUGGAUUUUUUUGGCCAGAGCUUCUGCAGGAAUGGGGGCCGCCUGGACCCCUGAGGAGCUCCUGGGAAAACCACAGCUUGGGAAGGCCCCGUUUUUCUGUUGGAAGUGAUAUGUUUCCAAGGACUGGGGGAUUGAGCCCCUUCAGGUAGCCCCCGUGGCCUGUGCUUGGGUCUGUCACUCCCCUCCCUUUGUAGGAAGGGGAUCAAGACUCUGCCUCAGGAGGUGGAGGGAAGCAAGGCUCCAGGGCUGCCUUUCCCUGGUGGCCUGGCUGUGCAGCAGGCUCCUGCCAGGAACAGCCUUGGCACCGUCUCUUAGCGAGUGGUACCGAAGACCACUUGCUGGCCAGGUGGCAGGGCUUCUGGGAAGUCCCUGUCUGGCCUGGCCUGCCUGUUCCCUUGUACGGUGUCACUGCUGCAGGUGCCCUCAUGUUGGGUUAGAAAGCUGUGUUCUGGAAUCCCCCUGGCUGGAGUGGCCGCAGCUCAGAGCUCUUCCUGACCACCGGAAGCCACCACCAGUCAUUACUGAGCACUUGCCAGGCAGGCAGCACACCCUGAAGCUCUAUGCUGGCUUCGUGCCUUGGCCUCCUCUUCCCCCGCCAAGUAACCCCCUCACUGAGCUCCCCCCUCCUCCGCUCUAGAGCUGUCUCCCCGUGGCCCUCACCUGGCUUCCCUGAGGCUGCUGAGGGGCCCAGGGGUUGUCCUUCCCAUGUGAGGUGGCUUGUCUGUCAGCAGAGAAGGCCCCGAGUAUGUACUCAGUGCCAGAGUGUGCCCAGUCCACUCUGCCUGGAGACACGGCCACUCCUGUCGCAAGUCAUCUUCUGGGAUGGAGCCUUCAAGGAAGAGCUCUGGACUCCUGCUCACUGCUGCUUCAUGGUGGCUGGCUUACCCCGUUGUCUGGGGCGCCUGUGCAGGAGAGAGGGGGCUUGGUCUGUGUCCCUCUCCUGCCUGGUCCAGAGAUACCCAGGUGUCCACCAUCAGGAGUGUGGGUUGAGAAAGACCAAGAGUGGUGAAGAGGAGCAGGCCCCUCCCACCCGUGGACCCAGCUGGGGUCCAGCACCAGACCCUCUGUUCCUGCUUUCCCUUUGUCACGGUUCUGGGCUGGGUGGUCCCCACCAGAGGUCUCUACACAGACUUUGGGACAGAGGCUGGGACACCUGGCUAUGGGGCUGUCCCCAUGUGUUACAUGUAUAGAACUUUUCUGUCUAUAAGACAUUAAGUUAUAAAAACUAAAGUGACUAGUAUUUAAUGCUGAUCCAGAACAUAUUCUAUAUUUAUAUGACUCAGAGACUCACAGUAAGGAACACCCUCCUUCCAGUCCUGCCCCAGGGGUGGGAACAAUUUGCUAUUUAUUUUUGUCUGAUCUCUAGGCUUAUGAAUGUUGAGAAACCUGUCUAAGGUUUUAGGAUGCCUUCGAUACUUUUUGAAAUAAACCUGUUUCCUAUGU